AUGGUCAACAAUAUACGUGAAAAUACAUGUAAUACGCCACAUAACAAACAUAACAAACUUCAUGAGGCACAUUGUGAUAUUUCACGUGAUAAACCUCAUGAGGCACAUUGUGACAUUCCACAUAACAAACCUCAAGAGGCACAUUGUGAUAUUCCACGUGAUAGACCUCAAGAGGCACAUUGUGAUAUUCCACAUAACAAACCUCAAGAGGCACAUUGUGAUAUUCCACGUGAUAAACCUCAUGAGGCACAUUAUGAUAUUCCAAAUAAUAAACCUCAUGAGGCACAUUGUGAUAUUCCACGUGAUAAACAUCAUGAGGCACAUUGUGAUAUUCCACGUGAUAAACCUCGUGUCACUCCUCGUGAAUCAUCAUUUUACCAAUCGUUUGGCUUAUAA